AUGGAUAAUUUUGAUUUUGUAUCAGGAUUUGGUGCCAGUAGUGGAAGUGGAAGUGGAUCAGGUGGUAUUUCAACUAUUUCAAGUACUGGUGGUACUGGCCAAUCAAGUGGUACAGUAACUAGUACUACAAGUACACCAACUCCAAGUUUUACAUCAACAACUUCAACAAUUUCAUCAACUACAACAAUUUCUACUACCACAACAGGAUCAUCAGAACAUUCAGGAUCAUCAUAUUCAGGAUCAGUAAUUUCAAGUUUUAUCACUUCAAUGAUUACAAGUGCAAGUGAAAGUUUAAGUGGAAGUGUAAGUGGUAGCAGCUAUAGUGAUAGCAGUAGCUAUAGUGGUAGCAGCUAUAGUGGUAGUAGUUAUAGUGGUAGUGGUAGUAUUAGUGGUGGUAGUAGUAGUACCUCACCAUCAUCAUCAUCAUCAUCUAGCCCAAGUACUGGAUCAUCAUCAGAUGAUGGACUUUGCUAUGAUUGGAUUACAGUUUGGGGUUAUAAAAUUUAUGAUCCAUUUUUAGUUCCAUUAUGUUUAUGGGCAUUAUAUAUUGGUGUUAGUAGAUUUAAAUUAUUUAAAAAAUAUAAUUGUAACUAUUUAUAUUCUGUCACAUUUUUAAUGUAUGGUAUUAUGAUGACAUUUGCAAUGUUAGCAGAUUCAUUAUCAAGUAACUUUUACUUAAAACUUAGAGAUUUUGUUUCAGUCGCAGAUGUUGAUUUAACAUCAACAGUUGGAACAUUCUUUUUAUAUUGUGGUUUGGCAGAUGUUGGAAUUAUUAAUCCAAAAGAAACAAAAACUAAAAUUAUUUUAUUAUUCAAUUCAAUUAUUUUGUUAAUUAGUUGGGUUUAUGGAUUAUAUUAUUCAAGUGAUCCACGUGUUUGGGCAUUAGUACUUUAUGAAGCAGUUGUUGCCGUUUCAUGUGGUGUUUAUUUAAUUUUACAAAUUAUCUAUUUGGCUAAAAGAAAGAACUUGAAAUCAAUAUUUUGGUUAUUAUUCGCUGGUUUAGUUGGUGGAGUUGGUUUAUCAAUUACUUUAUUCUCUUCUAAAUGGUGUGCUCACUUUGGUGCUCAUUUCUCUUCAAGUUAUGCAUGGUUCUUUUUAAGUGAUUGUGCUAUGCUCUUAAUUUCUCAUUAUGUAACUGUUUCAAGAGGUUCCAAAUCACCAUCAUCGCAAUCAUUCUAUAAUAAGCAACCAUUAUUAUCAAAAUUAAAUAAUGACACUGUUAACAAAUCUACAAUCAUCAUUCCAUCUGCAUAUAAAUCACCAGUUGUGCAAUCUUAUUUCAUUUCUGUACCACAACAAGUACAACCACAACAAUAUCGUUUUGUUCCACAACAACCACAACCAGUUUUUUAUGCUAACCAAAUUCAACAACAACAACAACAAGACAAACCAUUAAGUUAUAUUGUUAAGAAACACUAA